AUGGGAGACCAGCUGAAAACCAGCUUUGCCAAACUUAAAGACCAGCUUAUACCAACUAAGACAAGCAACCAGCUUAGGCUGGUACCAUCUUGGACAGGAUGUGAGACCAGUUUAAAAACCAUCUUUGCCAGACUGGGAGACAAGCUGAAGACCACCUUAGCCAGGCUAGACAACAAGCUGAAGACCUCCUUGGCCAGGCUGGGAGACAAUCUGAAGACCUCCUUGGCCAGGCUGGGAGACAGGCUGGGAGACAAGCUGAAGACCUCCUUGGCCAGGCUGGGAGACAAGCUGAAAACCACCCUGGCCGGGCUGGGAGACAAGCUGAAGACCUCCUUGGCCAGGCUGGGAGACAAGCUAAAGACCACCUUGGCCUGGCUGGGAGACAAGCUGAAGACCACCUUGGCCUGGCUAGGAGACAAGCUGAAGACCACUUUGGCUAGAAGACAAGCUGAAGACCACCUUGGCCAGGCUAGAAGACAAGCUGAAGGCCUCCUUGGCCAGGCUAGAAGACAAGCUGAAGACCACCUUGGCCAGGCUAGAAGACAAGCUGAAGGCCUCCUUGGCCAGGCUGGGAGACAAGCUGAAGACCACCUUGGCCAGGCUGGGAGACAAGCUGAAGACCACCUUGGCCAGGCUGGGAGACCAGCUUAG